AUGACAGUUUCCAUCCCCGUUGUCGAGUUGAAGGGCACUAGAGCCCGACUUCCCAAAAUCGGUUUUGGUUCCGGAAGCAAAUGGAGAAUAUUGAAGGCGCAAAACGCAGAAGAGGAACACUUCGCCGAGGCGCUUGCAGAGCAGGUAAGCAAUGCCAUCGGACUGGGAUUCAACCAUAUAGACACGGCAGAAGCGUAUAAGACUUACGAAGAAGUCGGUGUCGGAAUACGUAGGUCUGGAACCCUCAGAAGCGACCUAUGGGUCACCGAUAAGUACGGCCCAUGGUCGUACUCCUGGACCAACAGCACGGGUCCGUUGUGGUCGUUGGAAAACUCGCUGUCGAAAAUGGGACUGGAACACGUCGAUUUGUAUUUGCUGCAUUCGCCCAACAUCACGCCAGAAACCGCGGGGAUCACGCUGCAAGAAGCGUGGGACCAGAUGGAGAAAAUUCUGGAUAGUGGACUUGCCAAAAACAUUGGUGUUUCCAACUUCGACGUCAAGAGUCUGCAAUAUAUCUUGCAAAUAGCAAAACACUCGCCCAGCGUAAAUCAAAUUGAAUUCCAUCCUUAUCUUCAGCAGCAGUCGCCCGGGAUUGUUGAAUACUGCAAGCAAAACGGCAUUGUGGUAGAAGGCUACUCGCCGCUGGCGCCGUUGACGGGUGGGAAGCCCGGCCCACUCGACGAAAUUUUGCCCAAGAUUGCCCAAAAAUACGGCAAGUCGGAGCUGCAAAUCCUGCUUAAUUGGAGCGUCCAGAGCGGCGUCGUGCCGAUCACCACUUCGAGCAACGAGACGCGCCUUGAAGAAAUGCUGCACAUUUUUGAUUUUCAGCUGGAUGACGAGGAGGUUGAAUUGAUUACCACGACAGGAAAGCAGAAGUUGUUUCGCGGUUUUAUGAAAGAUCUAUAUGGCAAACACGAUGAGGCGCUUGUCUUGGGGGAUAAACAAUAA